AUGGCGGGGGUGAAUGGAGACCGUAAAGGAAAGAAAGAUGACAAUGGGAUCGGCACAGCCAUUGACUUCAUGCUUUCCAAUGCCAAGCUGGUGCUGGGAGUGGGAGGAGCAGCCAUGCUCGGCAUUGCAACGCUUGCUGUCAAAAGAAUGUAUGACCGGGCCAUAAGUGCUCCCACCAGCCCCACCGGCAUGGAGCCGACAGGAAAGAGAAGCUGGGAGGAGCCAGCCUGGAUGGGUUCGUCACCACGAGUGCUGAACCACGACAUGAAGUCCACAGUUAGCAGGUCUCUGCAGUCUCUGCCCACUUCCUCACAUGCUUUUGAACCAGACUGUCUGCGGAGGGCUCUGGGUCGAGCUGCGGUGGGAGGCAGCGGUGCCACUCAGUCAGACCUGCAGCGGGCCCGGAUGCGUCUGUCGCUGCAGGAACAUCUGUGGGAGUUCUACCAAAAUAAUGUGAACAUCCCCUCGGAGGAGCAGGCUCUGGCUCGGAGAGCAGCGCUGGACAUCUGUGCCGAACUCAGAGUGUUCCUUCACGCCAAACUGCCCGACAUGCCGCUCAGAGAGAUGUACCUGAGUGGCAGUCUGUAUGAUGACCUGCAGGUGGUGACAGCGGACCACGCCCAGCUCAUGGUGCCUCUGAUCUUGGAGAAGAACCUGUGGUCGUCUGUCCCUGGGGAGGACACCAUCAUGAAUGUCCCAGGUUUCUGGCUCGUCCGCAGGGAGAACUUGGAGUAUUUCCCACGGAACAGCAGCUACUGGGACCGCUGCAUGGUCGGAGGCUACCUCUCUCCUAAAUCAGUCCUCGAAGUGUUUGACAAGCUUGUGGCGGGCUCGAUCAACUGGCCGGCUAUAGGGAGCGUCCUCGACUACAUCAUUCGUCCUGUCGUUCCCUCAGAAACACUGACCCUGGAGGUGCAGUACGAGAUGGACCGCAAACUGUACGUGGACUUCUUACCGUUACUUGUGAUGGAGGACGGAACCUCACUGAUCGCCAAACCACAUCGACUAGCUGCAGAGCGCCAUGAAAACCUGUGGCGGCAGAGCUUCCGCGUGGCUGAGACGGCACGACUCAGGGCCCUGGACCAGGAGGACGGAGGCUGCCGGUGCGCCUGCCUGAAGCUGGCGAAAGCCGUGUGCAAGCUCAACCCUGCCCUUAACCGGCUCAACGCCAGCCAGCUCACCAACGCCAUCUUGUUGCUGUGCGAAAAAGAAGGCGACUGGACCCAAGAAGCGCUGGCUGACCGCUUCCUUCAACUGCUAAGAGCGCUGGUGGGACACCUAGAGGCCGGGAGGCUGCAGUGCGCCCUCAGCCCUAAAGUUAACUUAUUCUGUGAGCUGACUGCACAGGAAGUAGACGAGCUGGGGUAUACGCUCUACUGUGCCCUCUCAGAUCCCGAGGGGCUGCUGAGAACUGCUGUGGCACAGCCGCCCAACCCCUGACAACCUCGAAUACAAACGUCAUUACACGGCAACAUGGCAUUGAAACGUCAAACACUGUUGUGCUGGCAGUGGUGACCUCGAGCCGUAAUGAGGUCCCUGAGGGGGAAAAACAACUGCAUGGAUUCAUCCUCUCUCCUGAAACACUCAGUCUCUUCUGUCUUAACCGCCAUCAGUGAGAAAACAGGAUACACACAGUAGCAGUUAUCUGUUGAGUCUUGACAUGAAAGCUGUAUGUGGUGUGAUACUGUUUUAAUCUCAUAAGAAAGUGAAGGCCCGUUUGAGUCCACGGCUCUCACUCAAGCCACUGUAUUAAUGAAGUUAAAAGGCGUCAUGCUGCUACGGCUCUAAUACAUCGGGAUUAAGUCUAAACAGACGGGAAAUACAUGACGUCUGAGAUACAGUUUGUACAUCUGCAUCAUAAUGAGCUCUUUUUAACUGGUUGGAGAGUUUCAGGAGGACAUGCCAUUAAAUGUUGUCCACUCUGUUUUGAGAUAGGUCCAACUCACUGUGUCAGAGAGUAGUGUAAUGUUGAUCUUGUGUAAGCUAAUGAAUUGUCAGUCAGCCUAAAGAGACGCACUAACUGUCUUUUCUCUCCGUUUGGUAUCAGAUAUAAUCUUAAAGGUCCAGCGCGUAGGAUUUAGUGGCAUCUAGUGGUGAGGUUGCAGAACUGAAACUUAUCCCUAGUGCCAAGCGUGUCGGAGAGAGCUAGUGUAGAACAACAUGGCGGACUUGUAUGUAGAUAUAAACCAACAAUCCUUAUUUAGCGAUGAAUAUUAAAUACCAUUUCUGCCAAUAGAUGCCCCUAAAUCCUACAAACUGGUCCUUUAAACGCUGCUGGUGUGAAGUCAGGGUUUUUGUCAGAACUUCAUUAAUACAGUGGCUGCGUUUAAGAUGUAUGCUUUCCAUGUCUGCAGGGAUCUGCAUAAAACGAACAUUAGGCUGUGAUUGGAAUGUGUGCAACUUGCAUGUGUUACCUAAUCUAGAAAUCAAACAGGUGAAUAUACACUGAGUUAUAUGUCUGUGUCUAUUUGUAAUACUUCAAACUCACCAUUCAACUAUGAAUCAGACGUACAGUUGAAUCCACAAAUGGAAUAUGCUCGAGUAUAUGGAAAUGUGAAGUUUUCUGGUUUGUCGCUGAUCAUGAAAUUUGGACAAUGUUUCCAUGUGGCUGUGUCUAAUACAGAGCUGCUCUUUGUUCGUUACGACAAGGAGGUCUCUUAUUCGGUCUCACAUUUGUUUCUGUGGGUCACAGGUCUGAUAUGCUCUAUUAUCUUGUUUCUUUAAUGACCUCCAUCACGGGUUAUUUUGCACUGUCAUGAUGUUAGUAAGGUGGUCCAAAGUGUCUCAGUGGGACAUUCGGAAAGUGCUUUAGCCUACUGGUUGUUGCUUUAAUUUAAAGUCCAGUUUCCUCCACGUUAUUAUUUGGGGUGCAGACACUGGCAGCCCAGUAUCUCUGGCUGGACACUUCAUUUCCUCACAUACUUUUUUUUUUUAACCACAACACACUGUUGUAAACAUGGUACUUUUGUCAUAUCAUAUACAUGGACGUUUUUCAUUUGUUGGAUUAGUAUCAGUAUUAAAGGGUAUUUUUCAACCUGGACCCUAUUUUACCAUGUUUUUAUGUGCGACUAGUAGAGACAACAAGUUUUGAAACUGGUCCAAUGUUGAGUGAGAGCGCUGCAAUGAAAUCCCUACAGGCAAUUGUGUUUAAGUCCACUUAAAGUGUUUGUUUUUGCCACUGACAGGCUAAAGCUGUUACUGAAAGUGUCUGACAACAUUAUCGAAAUGAUCCCUACAAAUGUUUUUUCACGUGUUGCUGGUCUGUCUGUUACUGUGGCGAAGUCUCGUUCUGAAAUCUCGCGAGAGGUGACUUGAAUGGUGGAAACGUUAGUGAGAGUUGGAGUGAGGAGUCCCAGGAAGAGUUUGUUGUGUUAGAAUACAGACAGUGUAGCCUAGUGUUACCUAAAACAUGGGUCUUGAAUGUUUUUCUGGCCAAGUACCCCGAACAGCAGGGACCCUCUACUGCAUAGUCAUCCAGGUCAUGGAAAUCUUAAGCGCUAAAUCGUAAUGCAGCGUUUCUUGAAGACGUUUCACCUCUCAGUUCUACGUGACUGGUGCAGAGUUGCAGGCUUUAAACUCCAUGUGUGCGACCCUCACAAAGUCGUUAAGGUCACGUGUGAGUCGUUGACCCACCUGUCCAUUGUGUGUGUCGUUAGGGUUAACGACUGCGAAUCUCAGAGCUCACAUGUGACCUCAACGACUCUGUAAGAGCUAACAUCCACAUGGAGUUGAAAGCCUGCGACUCCGCACCAGUCCGAACUGAAGAGGCCUCUUGGAUGAGAGGUGACACGUCUUCAAGAAACUCAAGUAAGUCCAGUUGCCUACGAUAUAGCACAGUAAUUUACAGAUUCAGAUUUUUAAACAUCAUGUUUGAUAGUCAGGCAGCCUGUCCACGGUGUGCCCGCCUCUCGCCCAAUGUCAGCUAGGACAGUCUCCAGCUCCCGUGCAGCCCUGUUUCAGGAUAAGUGGCUACAGAAAUGAAAUUAAUAAAUGUUUUAUUGGUGAAUAUACUUAUGGAAGGCACAUUUAUUUAGCGUAGAGUAGCUCACAUGAUUGCAGGAGGACUCAUGGAUAACAAUUAGCCUAUAAUCAGCGUUGAGUACUGUAAAUCAAAUGAUUUAUAUUUGCUAAUAAUAUUUUGGACUCAUGUUAAUGUGCAUUUUCACAUCAAUAUAAAUUUCAAACAAUAUGUUGGCAGCCCUCCUGCAGUUACUCUGAGUACCCCCCUGUUGAAAACCCGUGAUCUAAAGGACUUGUAAUGCCAUGGCUGAAUAUGUAGCUGAUUUCGGCAAUGUGGAAAAAGUACACAAGAUUCCAGAGCGAGACUUCCACAAGCGAGAGGUAAAGAAAAACAUUUUAUUUCUCUGUCAGGAUCAUCUCCAUAAUGUUGUCUGUAAUUUAAGAUAACAAUCUGAGCCUGUCAGUGGCAAAAACAUGCAGUUUUGAAGGACUUAAAUCGACAAUUGAGGGAUUAUAUCGCAGCCUGUUUCACAUCUUGCUCAAUCCUUGGCCAGUUUUAAAACCUGUUAGUCACUCAGACUCAAAAACAUCUUAAAAUAGGGUCCAUGUGGACACAAUGCCACAUUCAGGCUUGAUUGCAGUCAGAGCUCGGAGCCUGUUACCUCUGUCGUUCAGUAUUUGUGUGAGUCCACAUUAAACUCUGAUUAACUUCUAGGUGCCCAGUCUGUCUACCGUAAGGAGCCAGACGUGGAUUAGCGCAGCAUACUAGGCCAUGUCACGCAGUCCUGACCCUGCACAGGAAGUGUUUGGCACCAUAUGUGUAUAAUAAUAGUUUACAGGUGCUAAUCUCCUCUAGAUGAUGAUCUGAUUGAGCGGGAUCCACUCGUCGCAAAAAGCAGCUUUGAUAGCCGAGGUUUCUGAUGCUAGAUUAGCCUGCUGCUCGCUGCAGGUGUCAGCACGUGGAGUCGCUACAACAACAGCUUCCAGAAGUGGAGUUUGUGUCUCUGUCUGACUGACUAUCCAAAAUAUGUUGUCUAAGAAUAAUCACAUGGUUGCUUUUUGUUCUCACCUUUAGCCUUAGGAUGAAAGUAAUUGCAGUGAUAAUGGAGCAAGCGUCCCCUCAUUUCUCAGUUUGUAUGUAGUGUACAAUAUGGAGGGAUUUGUUUCUAGGUCCGUCGUGCAUUCAGUUAAUAAUCAUCAUCCAGAUAAUAACGGACAAACAGGUGAAUAUUUUUGUAUUUAUUGUACAUUUGUAACCAAAAAAAAAAGAGCCGAUUAUUUAUUUGCAUUCAAUUCAACAUGUAAAGUACCACUUCCUGUGCUUCAUUAAGUGCUUUGUUCUGGAUGUACUGAUAUAAAAUGAAUCCACAGUAGGUCCUUGUUUGCGUAUUAGGCGUCUUCCUUUGCAGACCUAGUUUAUGAUACUGCUGUGCUGAAGGGAGAGGAGUCACUGUGCCACAUUUGUAAUGUCAUUGUAAAACAGGAACCCAAAGUAGAUCACUACCUCUACCUUGUGGAGUUCACACUAGCCAUAUGCUUCGCUGCAUGCUGUGUAUUUUCCCCCAGCUUUUUUUUUUUUUUUUAGUUCAGCUCUGGAGUUGAACGUGCAGCACUUUGUAUACUUCAUUAAAUGUUAAAAAUAAUAAUAUUCAUCUUUGUUUUUGUUUUUCUUAAGGAAUCAUUUAAACCUUUAUUUAUUUAAGACUCUGGAAUCAAUUGAGCAAAACCGUUGAAUAUGCAAACCACUUAAAAUAAAAAUAAAACUUUACAACCUGAGUCAAAUCCCAAGUCGUAAACUUUAAGUCAUGAGUCCUAAGCAAGUCAUAAUGCGCUCUUCACCAAAUAUAUACCAUUUAACAGCAGACUAAUAAUAUUAAAUUAACAAAAAUCCCUAACGUUUUAAAAAUGUGUACUUUCUUGUCACUGAUUUAUUAAAACAACUGCGACUGACCUUAAUCGUAAAGAAGCAGUGCUCAUUGCAUAUAACAUUAACAGCCGGUCCGAGAACAGAAUUAAUUUUGUAUGUUUCUGUCCUGUCUUGUAUUUAACUCGUCUCGUAUUGGAAAAAUUUCUUUCAACUUUCCUUUACCCAAUUGGCUUGAGGGAAGGUGUCGAAUAUUUUCAAAGGGCUUAAGUCCAAGUCAAGUCACAACUCAUUGGUGUUAAAUCUAAGUCAAGUUGCAAGUCUAUUUUGUCGAGUCUGAAGUCAUUUUUUUUUUUCAUUAAAGGGUUAAUUGCAAGCAGACAAAACAUUAAGACCACUGACAGGUGAAGUGAAUAACGCUGAUUGAUUCAUUACAAUGCAGUGUUCUGCUGGGAAACCUUUGGUCCUGGCAUUCAUAUGGAUGCCCCUUUACGGACUCCAGUAUCCCAUAUGGUAGUAGCCCCCAGCAGGGCAAUGCACCAUGCCACACUGCAAAAACUGCUCAGGAUUGGCCAAAGGAAUGUGACAAAGAGCUCAAGGCAUCGACCUAGCUUUCAAAUUUCACAGAUCCCAAUCUGAUCAAGCAUCUGUGGAACAAACCAGUGCCCCGGAGGUCCUUUGUCCGGGCCUUGACAGGUCAGAGUCAAGUCCGAUCUAUCAUCUAUGAUGGGGCCUCUGACCCGUUGAGGCCUGGAGACGGGACCUUUGCGGAUGUCCUGUGUUGUCUGGCAGCAAAACAUUGUGGACAGAUCUUUUGAGUCCUGCGGGUUGCGAGGUAAUGCACUGGCAUGCCCAAUGGAUGUCCAAUCAGAUUGGGAUCUGGGGAAUUUGGAGGCCAAGUUGACGCCUUGAGUUUAGUCACGUCUGCCGAGCCAUUACCAAGCACUUUCUGUGGUGUGGCAUGGUGCACCGUCCUGCCUGGGGGGCGCACUUCCAUCAGGGAGGAAGGAAUAGGGGGGUGUACUUGUGGGUGUAGCGUGGCAUCCACAUGAACGGCAGAACCCAAGGUUCCUCAAAGGAGCAUUGCACUGUAACUAAAUGAUCGGUGUUACUGACUUCACCCACCACUGGUUUUAAUGUUUUGGCUGAUCGGUGUGUAUAUGUAACAGCAGUUUAAACAGCACAAUCUAAAAUAAGGCAUUUGAGCAGCUGUAAUGGUGAAAGAGAGUCCAAGUUUAAGGUCUAUGCAGAUGUUUCCAUGAAUAAAGAGCACUGUAAGAGAAACGUUUCGAUUCUACAGUUCUUUUCCGAUGGAGAAAGGGGAGGCAAAUCUUAUUUCUGUACAGAAAACCAAAUAUAAUUCUCAAUUUAUUAAUCAGUGUUAAUAUGAUGCUUGAAGUUGAAGUUAUUCUCCAGCCAGAUACAAAGAUAUUUAUACUGAAGCACUCUCUGGAUGUGUCAUUUCCCAAAUGAAUGUUGAACGAUUUGGUGUGAGUACACUGAGCUUAGCACUAACUUGAAAUGCAGUGAGACAAUCAAACCCCAUCCAUUCAAAGUUCAACAAAACAUUUAUUUAUUUAAAGCUUUAUUCAGUGAGAUUUGGUAAUAAAAUUCACACUGGCAUAUUAAGAGAAACAUCCUGAGACCUUCAGAGUACAAAAGCAGCCCCCAAUUAAAACAUCUAUUAGUAUGCACUGGGAGCUGGAAAGGUGGUUCAGUUGUUAGGAAUGAAACAAAAUUACAUCCCAAAAUUUGAGGUGCAUUUGUUCCCCCGAAACACCUACGUUACAAAAAAAAUAAACUGCAUAUCAAAAUGCAUAGCUCUGACUGAAGAUGAAGCUUAAAUUAAAACAAAAAAAAAAAAAAAAA